AUGAUUCCCGGGCCUCUCGUUGCCGUCAUCCUCUUUGCCGUGCACGCCUACAGCGCCGCAACAGAUCUAAACAAGGUCGAACAGGAUCCAGAAGUUUUGAUUUUGCCAACCUUGACCAAGAUCAAGGAAGGCUUCACAAUCGACGCUAAGAAUCCACCGUACCAGGACACAGAAUGGUCGUGGGAAGCAACCUGCAUUGAGCACUUCGGACAGUGCACCCAAGCUGCGUUCUUCCAUCGCAAUUUUCUGUCAGAGGGAACCCCGAACGUCACCUACACGAGGUUUGUCGAAACAGCCCAACUCAACUCGGUCAAUGGCCAGUCCAAACUGUCUAUGAAAACCUCGACGUCAGUGCUGGACUCCACGACUGAAGGCUGGACCAUUGGUGCAAAGCUGUCUCUAUCAGGCGGCUCUGAUAAAGUGACGGGAGGAGCUGAGGUCUCAGCGACAUAUUCCAGCACCACCACCAAAAGCAAGACAUUUGUAAAAGAGUUUUUACAUGAGGCUCCCUGCGAUCCUGGAUACACCUGCAGCAUUGAGACCUGGACAUUCCAUAUUGAAGUUGAUGGAUUAUGCAACCCCCACGGCAUGAUAAAUUGCCGCGACCUUGGCACGUGGGAUCAAUGUGCUGAUCAGGCCGGUCGCUGCGCACAGUUCAGCAACUUCUAUGACUGGAAUUGUGUCAAUGUACCCAAGGCUGCGUGCAAGGUCAAGACCCCAGUCCUUGACGAGUCUGAGAAGCCGGUUAGCCAAGUCGUGCUCGUGGCUGAGCGUGAUAACGCGACGACGAAGAGAUCCGAGUCCGAGCCCAACAUGCCCAAGAUGAUGUAUAAGAUUAUCGGCUGA